GUGAAACCAAGACUCUUGCUCGGCCUGUGUCAUAGUGAAUGAAGGCGUCAAUACUCGGACAUAAACAUAAAUACUAGAUCCCUCUUACCGUCCAGCUCUAUCCUCCGGCUCUACCUCUUUCCAGAUAUCACCACAUCUCUUUCAAGAUUUCUGCCACAAGAUGACAGAGUCAACAGCACAAUUUCCGUCUCUCCCCUUUGAAAUCCGCGAAGUCCGCACCAAAACCGACUUCGCGCGUCUAAAUGACGUUCUCUGGACUGCAAACUUCCAUCCCUACGAACCAAUCUUCACCCUCUGCCACGCCAUCACCGGCCCGACUGCCGCCGACCGCGCGCACGACAUCGCCCGCGACACCGACCUCCACUGGGCAGCCCACAAACGCAACCCAGCCUCGCACUACAUCUACGCCCUCGACCCGACCACCGGCUGCGUCGCCGGGGGCUGCGAAUGGACCUUCCACCACACCAACCCGUUCCCCGAGGGCGUGGUCCGCGUCCCGUGCACCUGGUACCCCGAGGGAUCGGAGGUUGCAGAGUUCGCAUCCCACGUAUUGACGCAGUGUCUGUUGCCGCGGCGGACUUGGCUUCGACGGGCGCAUGCGGGGGUCAAUCGAAUGGGCGUGCACCCGGACUACCGUCGUCAGGGAGUGGGACGGAUGCUGAUGCAGUGGGGCCAUGAGCGGAUUGACGCGUGGGGGUAUGAGUGUUUCAUCGAGUCCGGGGCGAUGGGAAGGUGGCUGUACGAGGAGUGCGGGUAUCGGAGGGUGAUGGCGUUGGCGUGGGAGAGGCUGAUGUUUGAGUAUCGGUCAAUGGGGAUGUUGUUGCUGUGGAGGCCGCCCGGGGGAGUCUGGGAUGAGCGGGUGCCGGCUGGGCCGUGGGCGGUGACGGAGGGGACCUGGCACGAGGUCGAAGAGGAUCUCGGACCCUGCUAG